GCUCGUGGAUUGUCAGUCGCGGCCAUCUUUGAAGUGUCAGUACGAGGCUUGGAAGGCGCACAGAGGGAGCGGCUGAGAAGUGAUGUCCGGAGUUCACUAGUGUGAACAGUGCAGUAAGUGUCACCGCCGCCUCCUCCCCGGAUUCACGCCGCCGGCCGCACAGCUAUGAGAUAGCUCUGUACAGUUUCAGUAUCUCUGUUUGCUGUCAGUGAAAGAUAUUCAUGAUAUCCUACCUGGAUAUAGGGAUAGGGACCCAGGCAUGCAGAUGUAACAAGACUCACAUACCACACGUGGCUGCAGGAUUCUGCUACUAAUACCACGAUUUUACCAGCAAGAUCAAGCCGCGUUACCCACCACAUGGUAAUGUUCCAGUCCAGACAUGCCUUACGUGGAUCGUCAGAAUCGCAUUUGUGGCUUCCUGGACAUCGAGGAACAUGAAAACAGCGGCAAGUUUCUGCGCAGAUAUUUCAUCUUGGACACCAGUCAGAAUAAUCUGCUAUGGUACAUGGACAAUCCACAGAACCUCCCUGCAGGUUCUCCUUCUGUUGGGUAUCUUAAGCUCACCUACAUUUCAAAGGUGAGCGAUGCCACAAAACUUCGACCAAAGGCUGAGUUUUGCUUUGUAAUAAAUGCCGGCAUGAGAAAAUACUUCCUCCAAGCAAACGAUCAGCAGGAUCUAAUAGAAUGGGUGAAUGUUCUCAACAAAGCCACCAAAAUUACAGUACCAAAACCUAGUGACCAGCUAUGUCCUGCUGACAGUGCGCACAACCAGCUGGAGUAUUCAAGUGGCAAGAAGCAGAUCUCAUACAAGACUGAAAUAGUUGGCGGUGUCCCCAUUAUAACCCCAACACAGCAAGACAUAAGUGAAAGUGCCAACACUGGUGAUAGAAGCAACUUGAAGCGAACCCAGAGUCAACUCUCAUCCCAUUUUCGGCUCUCAGAAGUUGGCAUUAUAAAAGCUGGGUACUGUGUCAAGCAAGGAGCUGUGAUGAAGACCUGGAAGAGAAGAUUCUUUAUUCUAGAAGAGAACACAAUAGGAUAUUUUAAAUCUGAUAUGGAUAGAGAUCCACUUCGUAUAAUUCAACUGAGAGAGGUGCAGAAGGUGCAGGAGUGCAAGCAGAGUGACAUAAUGAUGAGGGACAACUUGUUUGAGAUAGUGACCACUUCUCGGACGUUUUACGUACAGCCCGGGCAUAGGGAUACCGCACAGUAUAGAGUGCCAGCGCCGGCCACAACAAACAGGACGAGGAGGGAAGCGCAUGCGAGUGACGCAGACAGUCCUGAAGAAAUGCACAGCUGGAUUCGAGCCAUAUCUGGUGCCAUUGUAGCUCAGCGUGGGCCAGCCAGAUCUGCAGCCUCUGUGUUUUUAAUUUCCACCCUGCCCUGUCUCUCUGCAGAUGCGACAGGUCAGACGUCUUUCAAAUCCCUGUAUUCCGAGGAGACCCCCACCUCAUACUCCGAGCUCAACUCCUCUUUUCGCUCCUUCGGUCUCCCUCACGCGACCGCCCGAACUCAGCACUCUGACCCUGGGCCCCCUUAUCGGAGCAGGGAUGAAUAUAACACCAUUAUCAAGAACCAGCCAGGACUCCCCAAGAUCUCGUCUGUCUCUGCAGGAGACCAGACUAGCAAAAUGACUUGUUCUGUGCCCAGCAUGUCCGUUAAUUUGUUUGAGCAAGGGAUUGUUGACCUAGAUGAUGCCAGCUUGCCAGUCACUGAUGUCUGAGGCCAAUGCAAAGAUAUCUGGAAGGAAUUCUGGAAGAUAUACAGCUUUACCCUUCAGUUUUCAUGUCUUAUAAUGCACAACCUCCUCAUUUUGACCUGUUGUUUACUUUCCAAUCCGUGGUUAGGAAUUUUUUUUCCCAUUUUUAUUCCACCAGGUCUGUAGGACCAAUGCAGUAAGAUGAUGAAACACAUUCCCAAAAGAAGUCAAGAACUUUCUUCUACUGCAGCCAAAGCGAGAGAGAAUUGACUUUUUUGCCCGUUCUCUGGAACUGUGUGACAGCGGUCACUAUACGUGAACAUGCCUCUUUUGGCAUGGAGUGCCUUUUUUGCCCUUAUAGCGGUUUUACUUGCAAAGUAAUAUUAGCUCAUGUUCUUCAACUUGUACAAACACCAUUAGUGAGACGUACAGUUUGGUGUUUUAUCUGAUUUUAAAAUCUGCAAACACAGUAUUUUCAUGUCUAAACAUUUGCUGAAAUGCAAUAAAUGCCUGUCUGCGAGCAAAGAAUGCUGGACCACUGUGAGUUAACUCAAUCUUGACCUCUUGCCACCAUUCCUUGUUUCCUGUCAUAUUUUGCACAUUUACUGUUAGUGCCACUUUUGGGGGAAGUGCUUUUGAAAAUAGCAUUGGAAUGGAUUUUACCCUUUUUGUUACUUUUUUUUUUUUUUUUUAAAGAGCUCUCGGUUUGUGAACUUUAAUCUCACCGUGCCUGUAGUCAAGGUAUGAUGGCUUAUUCCGUGAAUUUUCCUGGAGACCAUGUUGUUCCUGCAUCUUUUUGUCUCCAUGUCUCAAGUGCCUGCUGAUUCCUUGUGUUGAAUCUUAUGUGGUGUAAGACUGUUGUUUUGUGAACUGCUGAUACUAACAAGUCUCCUGUAACCAUGUGCUUCCAUCUGUGACUCUACAAUGACAAAUCCCAAAGUUCUUAUUUUUUUGAUUUGUUUAUAUAUUAUAUGUGGGUGGUGGGUUCUAAUUUAUAAAGAAAAAAAAAUCUCCUUAAUAGUGUGCCUGCAAUGCACCAUUUAACUUUCACUUGAAAUAAAUAUAUCCGUUUUCAUCAAUGUAGUUUUUCUUAUGAGA